AUGACUCCAACGCUUCCCGCCUCACAGAUUCAUCUCCACAACUCAUCUGCAACUCAAGCCAAACGCGCAUAUAUUAUCUACUUCAUCACCGGUAAUCCAGGACUCAUUGAAUACUACCGCACUUUUCUCACACACCUAUAUGGCCUCCUCACGCAAGAUUCUCCUUAUUCAACAGCAUACCACGUAUUCGGCCGAAGUCUUUCUGGCUUCCAGGCUUCUGCAGAGAAGGAAAGAGAUGACCAGCCACCCGUCAGCUUGCAAGAGCAGAUUACCAGAUCUCAAUUUGUACUUGAGGACCUUGUUCGCGAUGUAAAAGAGAAGCAUGGCUUGCGGGAUGUCCGCGUAAUACUAAUGGGACACUCUGUGGGAUCGUACAUUUUGCUUGAGCUUCUCCGCAAGGUGAGAGAGAAAGCGAAGGUAGAGAUAGAAGCUGUAAAGAUAGCAGGUGGCGUGUGUCUCUUUCCGACGGUAACGCACAUUGCGAAGAGCGACAGUGGGAGGAAGGCUACUCCACUCCUCACACUCCCCUCCUUCCCUCUGGUAGCCUCUCUUCUCGCCAAAGCCCUCACUUUCUUCAUUCCCUUGUCAGCAUUCACCUUCCUCGUCCGCACGGUCAUGUCCUUUCCAGCAGACGCUGCCCACGUUACAGCAUCCUUCGUCAAGUCCCCCCACGGCGUCCAUCAAGCACUCCACAUGGCGCGCGACGAAAUGCGCGAGAUCACUAUCGACACGUGGGAUGACGAGAUAUGGGGUCUCACCACGCCCACCGCGCAUCCGCAACCGCGCCCCAUCUUACGCUUCCUGUUCGCAAAGAAGGAUCAUUGGGUCGCGGCCGAGACGCGGGAUGAGUUGAUUAGGGCGCGAGGGAGUCAGGAAGAGGGAGAGGAGACUUGGAAGCCGAUUAUGGAGAUCGAUGAGGAGGAGGGGUGGGUGCAUGGGUUCUGUAUACGGCAAAGUGUGCCGGUUGCCAAGAGAGUGUUUGGAUAUGUGCAGGAAAUCAUACAGCGGGAUUUGCAACAGUAA